CAGCAGCGGUAGGGACAACUCUUGAAAAAAAAUAUGAACAAUUCCUGAACAGUAUAUAAAUAAUACUGGACUGUGUACAAAAACCUAGCUUUAUUGAAUUCAUUUUUUUAUUAAUGUUGCGUAUUCUGUAAGUAAGUUGGUCCAAAUUACAUUUGCUUCUGUAGCGAAAAGCUAAGGUAAUUUGGUCUGCCGUCGGACUUUUAUAUUGAAAUAACUGAUCGGAAAUGGUGUUUCAUCUGCUUAGCUCGACGCUGUAUUCCGGGUUAAUACCAAUUCUGGCUGAACUGCAAUCGUAUUGCCAGGUCGAAGCGUUAUACGGCUAGCUGGCGGGCUGGAUGGAAGGUUGCGACAUGCCGAACCGAGCCGAGCCAAGCCAGUUCAGGCCAGGUCGAGAUACGAGAGAUAGCAGCACGCAGACUGACAGCAGAAUACAAGGCCAUGAUCCCAGGUUGUCAAAGGUGAACCUGUUUACCUUGUUGAGUUUGUGGAUGGAGCUCUUCCCACAGGAGCAACCUGAAGAGGAUGACCACAGUCAGGUCCGUGGGAUGGGUCUGGUGGUGGUGCGGGACAGUAAGGUGGUGGGACUCCACUGUUCAGGACCUGAGCUCCACGCAGGGCAGGCAGCCAUCAUCCACCAUGGCGCCUGUCUGGCCGACUGUCAGUUGUACUUCUCCAGGAGACCCUGUGCUACCUGCCUGAAGAUGAUCAUCAACGCUGGAGUCAGUCAGAUCUCCUUCUGGCCCGGAGACCCUGAGGUCAGCAUGCUGAGGUCCACCUCUGCAAACGUAUCCAACUCCCACUCCCGCAGUCGACCCGACGGCAUCGCAGAGGAGGCUGUGCUGGACGCCAUGGUAACAGAGAAGCUUAAGUCCAACAGCCGUUCUCACAUCUGUGUGCUGCUGCAGCCGCUGGCUCCUGGCCUGGCGCAGUUUGUUUACGAGACGUCCAGAGAGUGUGAUUUCAUGGAGAGAGCGUCUGAUGAUGAACCAGGGCUGAACACACAGGAGAUCUUCAACAGAGAGAGGUUGAGACACCUGAGGGAUUUCUCCAGACAGUUCCUGGUUGAGAAGUCUCUGGAGCACCGGGCCAUUUUGACCCACAUGGGUCUGGAGAACUUCUGCUUGGAGCCGUACUUCUCCAACCUGAGGAAUAACAUGAGGGAGCUGGUGGAGGUUCUAGCUGCAGUGGCUGCCGGGCUGCCACAGCAACACUACGGCUUCUACAGGGAACAACAUUCUACCACCGAGCCAUCGCUAGCCAAGUCCUUACUGCCUGUUCAUCAUGAUGGACUCUCCCAAGAGGGGGCUCGCCAUUGCAUCAUCCAAGCCAGGCUGCUGGCUUAUAGAACAGAGGACCCUAAAGUGGGCGUGGGCGCUGUGAUCUGGGCCAAAGGACAGUCGGCUGGCAGUGAUGGAACAGGGUGUCUGCACCUGGUGGGCUGUGGGUACAACGCUUACCCGGCAGGCUCACACUACGCCGAGUACCCCCAGAUGGACGACAAACAGAAGGACAGACAGAGACGCAAAUACAGAUACAUUGUCCACGCAGAGCAGAAUGCCCUCACCUUCAGGACUCGAGCUAUCAAAGCGGAAGAGCCCACCAUGCUGUUUGUCACUAAAUGUCCGUGUGACGAGUGUGUCCCUCUGAUCAGAGGGGCCGGCAUCACACAGAUCUACACCAGCGACCAGGACAGGGACAAGGACAAGGGGGACAUUUCCUACCUGAGGUUCAGCGGCCUGAAGAACAUCAGCAAGUUCAUAUGGCAGAGGAGCCCUUCAGCCGGCUCUGUGUCCUCUUCUCACCAUGCCAAUGGUUGUGUGGGGAAGCACAGCAGGCAGGCUGAGCAGGAGAGCCACAGCAACAAGAAGCUGUGCACCAGCACAUCGCACAACUCGCCUCCUGUUAGCUGAGCGGCGGAUGGGUGGACGGACAGAUAAAUGGAUACAGCAAAAAAAGCAUUGGAUCGUGCUUUUAGCUGACAUGCCACAGAUUUGAUCUUUUGUGGUUGAGUGAAUACAGCUGGAACCGGGAGGAAUCGGAAUAUUGUUUUCUCCCUCAAGAUCAAAUCUGUGCCAUAUAAGCUUUUUGCUUUUUUUGGGGAGACUGAUCAUUGGCCAGUCUGUACGUUACGGAAUAAGAACAAAAACAUUCACAAUUUUCAUGUGUCCCUCUGACUGUUCAAUCUGCAUCUGCAUGUUUAUGCUGCAACUCUGGCAGCUUACAGGUGGAGACUGGCAUAAUUGACACCAAAAAGGCUGAACUACCAAAGGCUGCUUUAAAUUGACGUUUUUGGUGAUUGGUGAAUGGAGGACAGUCUAUGUCCUUUACGGCUCAAAUCCAAGAAGUGGGAGCCCUCCUUUGAACAGCUUUCCUUCUGCUGUAUCUUUUGCGUCCAGUCAUUGAGAAGUCCUUGGCAGUGGGUUGGAGCGAAGAGACCAACUGAAGGCCGUACAACAGGAUGACCUCAUAGAGAAACCACAAAGAAGGGAUGGAUGGAUGGAACAGUGAUGGAAGAGGUAAGAGGACACAUGUGGACAUUGGACAAUUUGAAAUGAAGGGGAAAAAGAGGGGAAAUGGGUAUACCACAUUAUAGAUAAAUAUAGAUAUUUAAAAUCAUAUUUAAACUAUAUGAUGUGGAUUUCUUCAUGUUAUUCUAUUUUUGUGUAAGUGGUGAAUAGUUUAACUGGUGUAUGGAUGUAGAGACAUUCAUAGAUUCCAAAAAAGUUGGGACGCUGUGUAAAAUGUAAAUAAGAACAAUGCAGUGGUUUGCAAAUGAACUGCUUUUCCUGUUUCCUGUAUUACUUCAAGUCUGUUAAGUAACAUUAGCAAUUAGCAAGUUAUCACAAUCUGUUUUAUCUAUGUUUUACCCGGCAUCCCAUCUUUUCCUGGAAUCGGGGAUGUAUGCGUGCACAGGUUACCAUGGGUGUAGCCCCUGCUCUCCAGGAUGUUGACUUGAACACGGUUUGGACUUGCACAUGCUGUGCAACACUGCAGCAUCUCUGUGUAUGUUUUACUUGAAAGGCUGCUCCUGUGAGAAAAGUUUAUUUAGGAUUAUAUUCCAAUUAUAUUGUUUUUAACUUGAUUCGGACAAAAGUAAAAUGCAGUUUGCGCCUCAGGCUCGAAAGCAAAUCUCUCCUCGGCGCAGACAAAGAGGCAACAACAUCCCUCUGAAUGAAAGGAUGCAUUACAAGAUUUAGCUUCAGUAAGACUGAACAUUAUCAGUGGCAUUGGAGCAAACCUUUUUUUUACAUCAAGCAAUCGAUUUAUGCACAGUACUAUAAAGGUGUUGGAUGAGAUGCUUCCUGAAGCAGCUUUAAGAAAGAAGGAACACACACUUUACUCUUGUGUUAUUUAUCAUCAUUUAUCUUCAGUGUUGAAUUAUUUUUCUGCACGAGAACCUGUUCUGCUUGCACUAAAUGUCAUACCUUCUGCUGUUGGUACGAUAAUACGCUGUUCAAGUGUUGCUGUAAUUUGGCAAAUGAUGCCAAAAGACUGAAUCUAAGACUGUGCCUCUGCACGCGAUCCAGAAGACAUGUGCUUUCGUGUUAAAAAACACUUUUAACCAUCUUUCCCGGCUGAGAUUUAAAAAAAAAAUGCGCACAAAACGAAAAAUAAAGAGGU